GUCUGCCUUCGUUAGGUUUAAUCCUUUGAGUCGAUAAGUCGUAUAGAGUGAAAUAAUAAAUAUCCCGUGUUUUUAUUUGUGUUACUUUUAUAUAUUUGGUUCAGAGACAAUUACGGCGCCUUUCCGUGUGUUCUAAACCGCCAUCAGACAUACGUUCAGAAAAUUGGUCCAGAGACGAUUACGGCGCCUUUCCGUGUGUUCUAAACCGCCAUCAGACAUACGUUCAGAAAAUAGGUCCAGAGACGAUUACGACGCCAUUUCGUGUGUUCUUAGCCGCCAUCAGAUAUACGUUCAAAUAAUAGGUGCAGGAACGAGUUGGCUGCCAUCACUUCUGCUAGGUUAAACUGAACGUUUAUAAGUUUUAUCGAAAGAAGCAAAAUGAGUGGCACUAAAAAGGAUGAUCAUACUAAUAGACCAGUAAGUUCUGACGGAUCCAACGAUGAUGAUCACGCAAGAGAACCAAAACGUUCUCUUCCAAAUUCAUCUGAUUCAAAGUCAUCACAGUCAGAAGAUGAGAAAAUUAAAGCUUCAGAUCACGAGGAAAUGAAUCAAUCUGUAAAUGAAAAGUUAAAAGGGUCCGCUAAGGAGAAAAUGGAGCAAACAAUAGCCGAGAAAGUUGCAGUAGCCCGUCGAAUAUGGGACUAUAUGAGUGACGAGCGAAACAAGGACUUCGCGAAUAAGAUCAAUGUUUUUUUCGAAAAUUUCCAAACUAAAUCAGAGGCUGAUCAGAAGCAGGAAAAUAAAACAACUUCUAAAUGUUUAACUUCAAGCAAAGAGCCAAACACUUCUUCAAAAAAAGAGAAAUUUGUAGUAAGACAUGAUCGCAAGAAGUAUAGGGUGGGAAGAAGCAAAGUUAUCGUAGACGUUACAAUUGCAGGAAAUGUUAAACCGAACCAAGCACCAGAAACUGAGAACUUUGAAUCAGAUUCAAACAACGAUGAAUCUGACUCUACUUCGAGCGACUCUGACUCACAUCCAAGAGCUAGAACAGAUACUAGAAAAUCAGAACGAACUAAAAAACGUAAAAGAUCUGUAUCCUACAACGAGAACAACUUCGAAAUUCCUGAUGAAGAAGAGCGCGAGACAGUUUCUAAAAAUUCAAGCUCCCAUAAAAGAAAAAAAUCUAUCAUCAAAAACACUUGCAGAUUAUCUAGCAGUGUUAGUGUUGAGACAACAGUCAUCGAAUACGAAUAUGACACACCAAAAACUGGUAAUCAGGCACCAGAGGCGUUAGAACAUAGUGUUUCCAGUGCAGUCGAAAGUAAUAAAAAAUGCGAUCGUGAUAUUGCCCCACGUCGGACAACUGAUUUCUCUUAUGCUGACUUUGUGACUAAUGCUCGUAGUAAGCAAUUGAGUUCAAAUAAUAAACCUGGAAAUUGCAUGAAAUCAAAGAAUGAAUUGUUAGCAGCUUCUUCAAAACUAAGAACGAAAUUUUUGUUAGCAACUGAUGGCAUCGACCACUCAACGCCUCGGGGUAGAUCUGAAGAUAAGGAUAAUGAAGAAAGAAUAGAAAAUGACCAAAUGUCAGAUGUUCUGGAUCUAGACAUUAGCGGAUUCCCUUCAGACACUUCACACCAAUCGACCCCAAAGUCAACACAAAAUGACCAGCAAACUACAAUGUUGGCAUUGCAGGAACCACUUGAAUCCAUGCAGGAACCACUUGAAUCCAUGCAGGAACCACUUCAAUCCAUGCAGGAACUCGUACCUGUUACGUCUGCUUCGGAAAUUAAUCCACAGCCUACAAUAGUAGAUACCACCAUUCUUCCUCCACCACUUCUUUUCGGUCCAAUUCUACCCGGAAUGUAUCCAGUACCGCCACACCCGUUUUUGGGUCCCAUGCAUCCCCACCCACCACCUCGGUUUUGGGGCCCAAAUAUUUUUAACCCUAAUUAUAGGGGACCGAGGAGGCACCGGGGACACAGAGGAGCGAGGUUUGGCAAACGCCCGCGAACUGAAGGCCCAUAG